CAGCCCCUCUCCCUCUCUCUUCGAUUCUGCGUUUUCUUGGUUCUUUUGUUUUUGGUUUGCCUUCUUUGUGUUUGCGUUUUUGCCUCUGAGACGAAAUCAUGCCGACGGGUAGGUACGAGACCAUGCGUGAAUGGGUCCACGACGCCAUCUCUGCUCAGCGCAACGAGCUCCUCUCGCUCUUCUCCAGGUACGUGGCUCAGGGAAAGGCGAUACUGCAGUCACACCAGCUGAUUGAUGAGUUUCUUAAGACUGUGAAAGAAAAUGAAACAACUAAGGAUCUAAAUGACAAGCCAUUCAUGAAAGUUUUGCAGUGUGCUCAGGAAGCCAUAGUUUUGCCUCCAUUUGUGGCAAUGGCUAUCCGUCCAAGACCUGGUGUUAGGGAAUAUGUUCGUGUAAACGUCUUCGAGCUCAGCGUUGAUCAUUUAACUGUUUCCGAAUAUCUUCGGUUUAAGGAAGAACUCGUUAAUGGAAAUGCCAAUGGAAAUUAUCUUCUUGAGCUUGAUUUUGAGCCGUUUAAUGCGACAUUUCCACGCCCAACUCGAUCAUCAUCCAUCGGCAAUGGGGUUCAGUUCCUCAACCGUCACCUCUCGUCGAUUAUGUUCCGUAACAAAGAAAGCUUGGAGCCUCUGCUUGAGUUUCUCCGAACCCACAAACAUGACGGUCGUCCAAUGAUGUUGAACGAUAGAAUACAGAGCAUCCCCAAGCUUCAGGCUGCCCUGGCAAGAGCAGAGGAGUUCCUCUCUAAGCUCCCUCUUGCUACACCAUACUACGAGUUCGAAUUUGAAUUACAAGGAAUGGGAUUUGAAAGGGGAUGGGGUGAUACAGCUCAGGGGGUCUCAGAAAUGGUGCACCUCCUCCUGGACAUUCUCCAGGCACCUGAUCCUUCUGUCUUGGAGACCUUUCUCGGAAGGAUCCCUAUGGUGUUUAACGUUGUGAUCUUGUCUCCGCAUGGAUACUUUGGCCAAGCCAAUGUCUUGGGUCUGCCAGAUACUGGUGGACAGGUUGUCUACAUUCUUGAUCAAGUUCGUGCCUUGGAAAACGAGAUGCUUCUUAGGAUACAUAGACAAGGACUGGACGUUGUCCCAAAAAUUCUCAUAGUAACAAGGUUGAUACCUGAUGCAAAAGGAACUACUUGCAACCAGAGGUUGGAGAAAGUUAGCAGUACAGAGCACUCCCAUAUUCUGAGAAUACCAUUUAGGACUGAGAAUGGCAUUCUUCGCAAGUGGAUUUCGAGAUUUGAUGUCUGGCCUUAUCUCGAGACUUUCGCAGAGGAUGCAUCAAACGAAAUUGCUGCAGAGUUGCAGGGCGUUCCGGAUCUCAUCAUCGGCAACUACAGCGACGGAAAUCUUGUGGCUACUUUGUUAGCUGGCAAGCUUGGCGUUACACAGUGUAAUAUUGCCCAUGCUUUAGAAAAAACCAAGUACCCGGAUUCUGACAUAUACUGGAGAAACCAUGAAGAGAAGUAUCACUUUGGAAGUCAGUUCACAGCUGAUCUAAUAGCCAUGAAUAAUGCAGAUUUCAUCAUCACUAGCACAUACCAAGAAAUCGCUGGAAGCAAGAACACUGUUGGGCAAUAUGAGAGCCACACGGCUUUUACCCUUCCUGGCCUAUAUCGUGUCGUUCACGGUGUAGAUGUCUUCGAUCCUAAGUUCAAUAUCGUGUCUCCUGGAGCUGAUAUGACCAUAUACUUCCCGCACUCUGAUAAAGAAAGAAGACUCACUGCUCUUCACGAGUCUAUUGAAGAACUCCUUUACAGCACUGAACAGAAUGAUGAGCAUGUUUCCUUCUUGAGGGACAGAUCGAAGCCAAUCAUCUUUUCCAUGGCAAGACUCGAUAGGGUGAAGAACUUGACUGGAUUAGUUGAGUGCUAUGGCAAGAACAGAAAACUGAGAGAGAUGGCGAAUCUUGUUGUGGUUGGUGGCUACAUCGACGUGAAGCAGUCAAGGGACAGAGAAGAAAUGGACGAGAUACAAAAGAUGCAUAGUCUCAUCGAGCAGUAUGAUUUGCAUGGUGAGUUCAGAUGGAUCGUUGCCCAAAUGAACCGUGCUCGUAAUGGUGAGCUCUACCGUUAUGUCGCUGACACAAAAGGCAUUUUCGUUCAGCCUGCUUUCUAUGAAGCUUUUGGACUCACGGUUGUGGAAGCCAUGACUUGUGGGCUCCCUACAUUUGCUACCUGCCAUGGAGGCCCUGCAGAGAUAAUCGAGAACGGGAUUUCGGGAUUCAACAUUGACCCGUAUCACCCAGACCAAGUCUCAGCUGAUUUAGUCAACUUCUUCGAGACCUGCAAGACUGAUCCAACUCACUGGGACAAAAUCUCGGAAGGAGGGCUCAAACGAAUCUACGAAAGGUACACAUGGAAGAAGUACUCGGAGAGGCUGCUUACACUGGCGGGCGUCUAUGGCUUCUGGAAACAUGUCUCUAAGCUUGAAAGGAGAGAGACCCACCGUUACCUGGAGAUGUUUUACUCUCUCAAGUUCCGUGAUUUGGCGAAUACAAUCCCGCUUGCAACGGAUGAGCAUUGAGCUCAAUCUCUCUGAAGAUUGAAUCUUGUGUUCUAAAGGUUCCAACGAGUUUCUGUUAUGUGGGUUUCGUUGUUUCAUGAAUAAGCGAAUGUCUGAAUGUGUUUUAGUUCUCGUCGUUGUUUGUUGUACUUUCGGUCUGUCUCGAACUUCGUUUACGUGAGAUCCGAACUGCUGAGCAGUUGGCACUCUGUGAACCCAUCUUGUUUUAAUUUAGUCCUUGCGUUUUUCGUGUUCUUCAA